GGGCAUAAAUUGUACAGCUCGAAGGGGACGGUUUGUUACACUGGCGGACUUUUGUGCUACGCUAAAGAAAUUAAGAGAGAUGAGGUUGACGUCGAUAGUGUUUCGUAACGCAAGACAACCACAAAAUCCGAACAAGGUACCUUUUAAGGCUGUCGCGCCGUUAAAACUGAAGGAUUUUGUGAGCUCGAAGGGCCAAAAGAUAACAGAACAGGGGUGUUUACAUGAAAUGUCCUUGCUCUUAACGUGCCUCGAGGAAAACGAGUUUGAGGACAAAAGAUGUGCUCCACAAUUGACGGCAUUAAAUAAAUGCUUCAAGAGUUACAGAGAUAAUAUGCAGCAUGAAAAAAGCAUAAAAGAUCAAGUGGUACCUGUACCAAUGAGUAAGAACCUUACACAUAAGCAAGUCACAUAUCUUCUACGAAGCUAUCCAACAGUAUAGCGUCCUUCUGUAAUGCUGCAUCAGUGCAUCAUUAUGCAUUGUAAAACUAUUUAAUUGUUACCAUACUUAAUACAAAUGCAGAGAAAAUGUUUCUGUAAA